AUGUUUUCGAGCAAAGAGACUUCCGACUUCCUGUCGGCUCGCGACUAUCAUGCCUUCCUGACAAACCGCGGCCUCCUCAAUUCCAGUAAUUCUCGUCUUCUUUUCAUAAAGGAGGCUUUUAACAAUGACCAGACAUUUCAUGCUAUUGUAUCAGACUCCCUAGAAGCAAACCCCAACAAUGAACAACAAGCGACACCUCCUGAUUCCACUCCUCUGAAAGACACUGCCACCGAGGAGACCACUUCCAGCAACCCCCGCCAGUGCGAGUCGCUCCUCGAACCUUUGAUCGCUGAGACGUCUCUCUCCCCAAAGAUGCUACCCGCCAUGCGAGCUUACCUGCCAGAAACCACUGCUAAGCAACCCACUCGUACCCGUGCAAAGUUUGAUCUCUCUCAAGUCCUCGACACCCUGGGCUCAGACCAGCUUAUCGCAGCUCGUGAGACAGUUGAUUCUUUGCAUUUCCCCACCGAGCAGCUACAAAAGGCGUGCGGUAACAACAUCCGGCACUUUGAGAUCUCGUACCAUGCCACGCUGGGGGCGGUCUAUGGGUUUCUCAACCGGGCACUGUCACACGAUGUAGACAUGUCUUUCCCUGACGGAAAGCUAGAAAUCCUAUCACAGUACAAGAGCAAACCAGCUCCUCUGACAGCCGAGGAUAGACAGAUAUUGGAGUCGGUGGAGACUGCGUGGAAACGGUUCAUGAAGGCCUGCUGCGCGCUUGCGCUUGCUGAAGCUGCGUGGCAGACAGCGGCUGGUCCGGAGUCUAGCGGAGAUGUUACUGACGAAGGUCUAGCGGUCGCAGGUUCUUCUGCUCUCAUAAACUCCACCCCUGAUCCGCCGGUUAAUACGGAAACGGCAUCAAAAGACGAAGCUGAAGUCAGUCCAGAUUUCUUAGACAAAGUGGAGGGACAGAUUGCCCGUUUGGAAGAACUCAGCACUCGGGGAGCUUUGUAUCUUUCUGGACGUGAGUGGGAAACAUAA